UGGUGCGUGCGUGCAGCGGUGUGGAGGCGACCGCGGCCGAGAGCAGCGAGGAGGACGCCGUCGUCCUGUUCAUCUUCCUAAUCACAUUCAAAUCGUCCCAGAACAGCUAAACUCGUCCACGGUACCAAACGAACGAACGAGCUGCUGUUAUAAUACUACAGUUGCAAUUGACACAUUCGGGUGACUAUAUUUAUGAAGCCGAGUAUUCGGGAUACCAGCCAUCCAAAAAGCUCUCAGGUGACCCUGCGCCGGGACGACACUGUCACGAUGGCUACGGCGGCGGAAUCCAUCCGCCGGGCUGGGGGAGGCCUUGGAUUGGAUCUGUCGGCCGCUCGCGGCGCCGCAGAGACACCGUAGUACACGACGGCACAUGCAGAGUCAGACUUCGAGGUGGGGUUGUACCUCGACACCAUCUGGAUGCCCGCUCCCACCCUCGGCAUCUCUUCCUUCCAUGUCGCCACCAAGCCCAGCUUCCAUAGGUACGUCUCUCGUCCUCCAGGAUCUUGUUCCCCUCGGCUCCCCUGUGGGGGUGUGGUUCGACUGGGCACCUAAUAGGGUUCUUGGAGAGCGGUCGGUCCAUGGCACAGCGGGGCGAGCUGGGGCGGCAGCUCCCGCUGAGAGGCCCCCUCAAAGCCCUAGAGGCAGACAUCCACCACGCUAACGCCAUGGCAGAUGUUAUUCAGAGGAAUUAUGGUGGAUCAUGUGUGCAGAUGAGGCUGUCGUUCAGCUCUCUGGCUCCAUUGUUCUUGUACUUCAUCCAAUGGCUGGACUGCGGCUGCUGUUAUGCCCUUCCUAGCUAUUUAGGACUAUUUCACAUUCUCAUGCAAGGUAAAAUUGCAGUUUAUGCUGAUGGAGAUAGCUCAGUGUCGACAUAUGAAAGGCGGGCAAGCCUUAGGGAAUUCUAUGGGACUGGUAAUUACCUCUCACAAUUUUCAUUAUCUGUAUGUGAAAUUGGACAGGCUAUGCAACUUGGAUAUGGAUUUCGAGUCUAAUUAAAGUGCUACAUUAUAGUUAUUUAAUGUGUAGCCAAUAAAUUAAUACUACAAUGUAUGCCCAUGUGUUGGUAUAACUUUUUGUUGGUAUAGCUUUGCUUAGUGAUAUCUUGUUGUUGGUACUGGUAUAAGAGAUCAGAGUCAUGCCCUUUCUGUCGAGGAAGCCUCAAAAGAAUCCGCUCGACAGACCUUUGGGUGCUUACAAAUUCCAACGAUGUCAUUGACCCUGCACAUUUAGAAAAGGAAAACGUGAGGCAUUUCUAUAGCUACAUUGAUAGCUUGCCCCUAAUACUUCCUGAUAGCAUUUUCUUUUUCUAUUACGAGUAUCUACUAUAA